ACAGACGCAGGGCGGUGAACAGAGGCUACAUCACCAUCUUGCUCAGGCUGCACCAGGACUGGCAGAGCCACGAUACAGCUAAUGCCUACGUGCUGAUCCGUCAGGGGCUGCUGCUCUGCCUCCAGCACAUCACGAGCCUCCGGUCUGGCAGGGAGGCCUUCCUUGCAGCCCAGGGCAUGGAGAUCCUCUUCAGCACCAUGCAGAGCUGCCUGGAUGACAAGAGCAUGGAGCCCAUCACCUCUGCCGUGCUUCAGAUCCUGAGGCAAUGCUACCCUAAGAGUCCACUUCCCCUGGCCACAGCCAGCAGUGCUUAUGCCUUCCCGGUCCCUGGGAGCAUCACCUCUGAGCCUCCACAUGUUCUAACUGAAGAGGAUUUUGAAGAUGAUGGUGAUGAAAAGGUGGACAAAGAUUCAGAUUCUGAAGAUGUGAAAGAGGAGGAUGAUGACUUGGAAACAGACAUGGACAAGCUGAGUUCCAAACCUGGUCCUGACCGACCUGAAGAGGAACUGGUGCAGUAUGAGGCAAUGUGUCUUGAGCUCUCUUGCAGCUUUGAGGAACUGGAGUCCAAAUUUGGAGAUGAUUUGAACUUGACUCAAUAUGUCAAUCAUCACCACAUUCCAACUGCUGCCUCAUCAGAGCAGCAUUGCUUGAAUAAGGACCGAAGCUCCUGGGGCCAAGAAAGAGAAGACACAGUCCAGACUUCCCUUCUGAGCAUGGUGAAGAUGGGGAGGUCCAUGGCACAUCUAGCCUCCAAAAAAAGGCCUGUAAUGAACUCAUACCAAAAUGUACAGUCCAACGGUCUUGGGAUAGAUUCUUUUGAAAAAAAACUUUGUGACAUUCAGGCUUCCCUGAAAGAGGAUGCUUGGGAUAUAGAUGUGAUUUCCUGCCCGAGGAUGAAUCCCUCCUUCUCCAGUUCCACUGGGCCAAGAGAAACUGUCGAAGUAAUAGAUAAGCUUCUGCAGACACAUCCCAAGCACAUCCCUUUCCAUGAUCCCUAUCUCUAUAUGUCCAAAGCCAGAAGAACCAAAUCUGUGGUGGACUUCGAGAUGAUGGCAUUUCCUGAUUUCUGGGGACACUGCCCACCUCCCUCUGCCCAGUCCAUGUUGGAACGCAAACGUGGAAUCCAAAGGUUCAAGAUAUUUGAGGAUGUCCGGAGGCUCAUCCAGCCAAGUGAUAUUAUAAAUAAAGUUGUCUACAGUUUAGAUGAGCCUUGGCCUUUGCAAGACACUGCUUCCAAUUGCUUAAGGUUCUUCUCCAAGUUUGAGUCAGGAAAUCUUCGCAAAGCCAUCCAAGUGCGUGAGUUUGAGUAUGACUUGCUGGUCAAUGCUGACGUGAACAGCGCCCAGCACCAGCAGUGGUUCUACUUUAAGGUGAGCGGUAUGAAGGCCGUCAUUCCUUACCGUUUCAACAUCAUCAACUGUGAGAAGCCCAACAGCCAGUUUAAUUACGGGAUGCAGCCAACCCUGUAUUCCGUGAAGGAGGCUCUUCUUGGCAAACCCACCUGGAUACGAACUGGCUAUGAAAUCUGUUAUUACACAAAUCAUUAUCGCCAGAGUGCAGCUGCCAUAGGCGGAGGAUCUGCGAAGUGUCACUACACCCUCACCUUUACCAUCACCUUCCCGCAUGAAGAGGAUGUCUGCUACCUGGCCUACCACUACCCUUACACCUACACAGCCCUCAUGACUCACCUUGACAUACUGGAAAAAAUUGUCAACCCCAAGCAGGUCUACUUCCGGCGGGAGGUUCUCUGCCAGACGCUGGGAGGGAAUCCGUGUCCGUUGGUGACCAUCACGGCCAUGCCCGAGUCAAACAGUGCCGAUCAUGUAGAGCAAUUCCGUGAGUAA